AUGGAAAGGUUUAGACCGGAUAUCGUGGACGAAGAAAAUCGUCCUCAAAGUGUAUCCAACGAAAAAAUGUUUAAAAAAUACGAUUUUAUCAUCAUCGGAGCUGGAUCAGCCGGAUGUGUUGUUGCCAACAGAUUAACGGAAAUAACAAACUGGACCGUUUUGUUGGUGGAAGCUGGAGUCGAUGAAACUUUUCUCAGCGAACCACCAAUGACGUUUAGAGCUUUACAAAAAAGCGAAAUGGAUUGGCAAUUUCAAACGGAACCAUCCGGAAAUUCUUGUCUUUCGAUGAAGAACAAAAGAUGUAAUUGGCCAAGAGGUAAAAUAAUGGGAGGUUCGAGUACAAUAAAUGGUAACAUAUACGUCAGAGGAAAUAGAAAAGAUUACGAUUUAUGGGAAAGGAUGGGAAAUAACGCUUUCAUUAGGCCAAUUGUCAAAAGGAAAAAUUUACACAUAUUGAUGGAAACACACGCGGAAAAAAUAUUGAUAAGAAAAAAAAAUAAAAAAGCCUACGGAGUGUCGUUAAGAAUGAAAAAUAAUAAAUUGAAAAAGGUUUUUGCUAAAAAAGAAGUCAUACUAUGUGCCGGAUCAAUACAAUCUCCACAAUUAUUGAUGCUGUCUGGCGUUGGACCAAAAAAUCAUCUUAAAAAAAUUGGAAUACCCGUUAUAUUAAAUUUAAAAGUCGGUUUUGUACUUCCAAAAUUAUUAAACGUCGAAACUUUAAAUAAAUUUUUAUUUAAACAAGAAGGUCCAUUAUAUUGUUUUCCAGAUAUUGAAGUUAUUGGUUUUGUUAGUACAAAGUAUGUUAAUCCGAGAUUAGAUUGGCCCGACAUACAAAUCAUGGGUUCUACUUACGCAGAAAAUGUUGACGGUGGUAUUUUCAGUAAAAAAAGUUUAGGUUUGACCGAUGAAUAUUUUUCUCGAUGUUACGGUCCGUAUUUAUUUAAAGAAGCAUUUACUGUUACGCCAUUGUUAUUAAGACCCAAAAGCAAAGGUAAAAUUUUAUUAAAAAGUAAAAAUCCAAAAGAUCAUCCGUUGAUUUAUCCAAAUUAUUUCGAACACGAAGACGACAUAAAAACUUUGGUGGAAGGUAUGAAAAUAGGAGAAUCGUUGGUUAAUACGAACGCAUUUAAAAAAUAUAAACCUGUUUUGACGGACACUAAAAUACCAGGUUGUGAAAAAUUUGAUAAACCGAGCGAUGAAUAUUAUGCGUGUCAAGCCAAACAUCACACAAUGACCAUAUAUCAUCCUGUGGGUACUUGUAAAAUGGGUCCUGAUAAUGAUGAUACCGCUGUUGUAGAUUCAAGGCUAAGAGUUCGUGGUAUAUCUAAUUUAAGAGUCGUUGAUGGUUCUAUUAUGCCAACCAUAGUGAGUGGAAAUACAAAUGCUCCGAUUAUAAUGAUUGGAGAAAAAGCAAGUGAUAUGAUAAAAGAAGACUGGAGAGUUUAA